AUGUGGGGUCUUGCUUUUCCUGUUUGCCAUGGUAGAACUAGAGCAGUUCUGAAAUUUGGUUUUGGAUUUGGGAGUCUUGCUACCAGUUGUGAGCUCAACAAAGAAAACACAUUUGUGUCGGCGUGGGCUUUGGAGGAGCAAGAUAUUGGGGACGAGGUUAGUGUAGAGAAUUCAACAUCGGGAAAUGGGUUGUUGGCGGAAUGUGGGAGUAGGGAAGUUGGUAUGGAGGGGAGUGAUGAGGUAGAUGGGAGAAGUGGAGGAGAAGGAGGGAAUUGGGAGGAGAAGAGUGAGGUUGUUGAUGUGCGUGCGCUGGCGUCGAGGUUACAGUUUGCUAAAACAGCUGAUGAUGUGGAAGAGGUUCUGAAGGAGAUGGGUGAUUUGCCCCUUCAAGUGUUCUCCUCCAUGAUCAGGGGUUUUGGAAGGGACAAGCUGAUGGAUUCCGCGUUUGCUGUUGUUGAAUGGCUUAAGAGGAGGGGUGAAGAAACUAAUGGUAUGGUUGCGCCAAACUUGUUUAUUUUUAAUAGUCUUUUGGGUGCUGUGAAGCAAUGUAAACAGUUUGGAGAGAUGGAUAAAGUUCUGGCUGAUAUGACGCAGGAAGGGGUGGAACCGAAUAUUGUAACUUACAAUACUAAAAUGGCAAUUUAUGUAGAACAAGGACUGAGUACUAAAGCCCUUGAUGUCCUUGAGGAGAUUCAGAAGAAGGGCAUGAUUGCAUCUCCAGUCACCUAUUCUACGGCAUUGCAGGCUUAUCAAAGAAUGCAAGAUGGAAUUGGAGCCUUAGAGUUCUUUGUCGAGUUCAGAGAAAAGUAUCGUAAUGGUGAUAUAUGUAAUGUUUCAGAAGAAGACUGGGAAAGUGAGUUUCUAAAGCUUGAGAGCUUCACAAAACGUGUUUGCUACCAAGUAAUGCGGUGGUGGCUUGUGAUGGAUGAUGAUUUAAGCAUCAAUGUGCUAAAACUUCUAGUAAAUAUGGAUAAUGCUGGGAUUCCACUUGGUCGGGCAGAACAUGAGCGCCUUUUGUGGGCUUGUACCCGUGAAGACCAUUAUAAUGUGGCAAAAGAAUUGUAUUGUAGGAUAAGAGAAAGGCAUUCUGAAAUAAGUUUAUCCGUCUGUAAUCACGUGAUUUGGGUGAUGGGGAAGGCUAAGAAAUGGUGGGCAGCUUUGGAAAUUUAUGAGGAUAUGUUGGACAAGGGGCCAAAGCCAAAUAACAUGUCAUAUGAAUUGGUAGUAUCUCACUUUAAUGUUCUUCUGACUGCUGCUAGAAAAAAGGGAAUUUGGAGAUGGGGUGUUAGGUUGCUCAAUAAAAUGGAAGAGAAAGGUCUUAAACCAAGAAGUAAGGAAUGGAAUGCAGUUCUUGUUGCCUGUUCCAAAGCUGCCGAAACUUCUGCUGCUGUUAAGAUUUUUAGAAGAAUGGUGGAACAAGGUCAAAAACCCACAAUCCUUUCUUACGGUGCCUUGCUCAGUGCCCUUGAAAAGGGGAAACUCUAUGAUGAGGCUCGACAGGUGUGGGAACAUAUGAUCAAGGUUGGUGUAAAACCCAACCUGUAUGCCUACACAAUCAUGGCCUCAGUUUUCAGUGGACAUGGAAAAUUUAAUUUGGUAGAGACCAUCCUUCAAGAGAUGGUUUCAUCAGGGAUUGAACCAACAGUAGUCACAUACAAUGCAAUCAUUAGUGGCUGUGCACGAAAUGAUUCAAGCAGUGCUGAUGCAUAUGACUGGUUUGAUCGGAUGAAAGCUAACAAUAUUCCUCCUAACAAUGUUACUUAUGAAAUGAUGAUUGAGGCUCUUGCUAAGGAAGGUAAACCGAGGCUUGCAUACGAGUUAUAUUUGAGGGCUCAAAAUCAGGGCAUUCACCUCUCUUCAAAGGCUUAUGAUAUUUUGGUUCAAUCCUCAAUAGAUUUUGGAGAUAGUUUUGAUCUAAACCUCUUAGGGCCUCGUCCACCUCCGCAUGCAAAGGAGAAUUUGGAAAGUAGAUAAUCUUCUACCUAAAGCUUUUGAAGAACUCAGAGAUGUCAAGCAUUGAUACUUGAUAGCUAGAGAGAGAGAGAGAG